GGGCGCCGCGUUCGGCCGCCGGCAUUUAAACGGGAGACUGCGCAAUGCCUGACACUUGGUGCGCCCUCCGCGGACCGGGCGACCCAGUGCACCGCCGCAGCGUUACUCUCGGUCCGGCCGAGCCCGGGCGGCUCUGGCCGCGGCAGCACUCAGCGCCACGCGUCGAAAGCGCAGGCCCCGAGGACCUGCUGCACUGACAGUAUGAGCCGCACAGCUUACACGGUGGGAGCCCUGCUUCUCCUCUUGGGGACCCUGCUGCCUGCUGCUGAAGGGAAAAAGAAAGGGUCCCAAGGUGCCAUUCCCCCGCCAGACAAGGCCCAGCACAAUGACUCAGAGCAGACUCAGUCGCCCCAGCAGCCAGGCUCCAGGAACCGGGGGCGGGGCCAAGGGCGGGGCACUGCCGUGCCCGGGGAGGAGGUGCUGGAGUCCAGCCAAGAGGCCCUGCAUGUGACGGAGCGCAAAUACCUGAAGCGAGACUGGUGCAAAACCCAGCCACUUAAGCAGACCAUCCACGAGGAAGGGUGCAAUAGUCGCACCAUCAUCAACCGCUUCUGUUACGGCCAAUGCAACUCCUUCUACAUCCCCAGGCACAUCCGGAAGGAGGAAGGCUCCUUUCAGUCCUGCUCUUUCUGCAAGCCCAAGAAAUUCACUACCAUGAUGGUCACACUCAACUGCCCUGAACUACAGCCACCUACCAAGAAGAAGAGAGUCACACGUGUGAAGCAGUGUCGUUGCAUAUCCAUCGAUUUGGAUUAAGCCAAAUGCAGGUGUGCACCCAGCCUGUCCUAGGUAUGCAGCCCCAGGAAGACCUAGACCUAAAACCACCAGAUUCUUACUUGGCUUAAACCUAGAGGCCGGAAGAACCCCCAGCUGCCUCCUGGCAGGAGCCUGCUUCUGCGUAGUUUGUGUGUGCAUGAGUGUGGAUGGUGCCUGUGGGUGCUUUUAGAGGAAACAGUCUCUGGUAGAGAGCACUUCCUAUUUUGUAAACGUAUCUGCUUUAAUGGGGAUGGUACCAGAAGCCCACAUUAACCUGCUCACGUCUAAAGGGGCGGGGCAGUGGUCUGGUUCUGCCUUUGUGUUCCUUGUGCCCUUCUGGGGACCAGAAUCUCCCUUCAGAAUGAAUGUUCAUGGAAGAGGCUAUGCUGAGGGCAAGAGACCUGUUUUAGUGCUGCAUUCGACAUGAGAAGUCCUUUUAACCUGUGCUUGCAUCCUCCCUUACUCCUCCCUCCCACAGUCCGUUCCUCAAGUUGUGACUGUCAGUCUAAUCUUACUUUUUUUGAAAAAGCCUUGCUCUGUUGCCCAGGCUGGAGUGCAGUGGCAUGAUUUUAGCACACUGCAACCGCUGCCUCCUGGGUUCAAGCAGUUCUCCUGCCUCAGCCUCCCAAGUAGCUAGGAUUACAGGCAUGUGCCACCACAUCCAGCUAAUUUUCAUUUUUGUAGAGAUGGGGUUUUGCUGUGUUGGCCAGGCUGGUCUUGAACUCCUGACCUCAGGUGAUCCACCUGCCUCAGCCUUCCAAAUUGCUGGGAUUCCAGGUGUGAACCACCAUAGCUGGCCUAUGUUAAUUUAGAAACCUUGGCAAACAUGAGAUUAGACUAAUUCACUUAACCAUAAUGUAAAUGUUUUUCAUUUGUGAAGACCCUCCAGACUCUAGGAGAGGCUGAUGUGGGCAAGGGUAAGCAAAGGGAGGGUGGAGGGUGAGGCCAAAUGAGGUCCAGCAAAUGUCAGUAGGGAGAUUGCAGAGGCUUGAAAGGCCAGUGCCAGAACAGUUAGGCCCAUGCUUCUGAGAAAGUCUUUUCCUAGUAUUUAACAGAACCCAAGUGAACAGAGAAGAAAUGAGAUUGCCAGAAAGUGAUUAACUUUAGCUGUCACUGCAAUCUGCUCAAACCUAACACCAAACUGAAAACAAAUAUUUUCAGACCCAAGCAAGUUAGCCAAGCCAAACUAACCCCUCUGCUUUGUCCCUCAGGUGGAAAAGAGGUAGUUGAGAACUCUCUGCAUAGGGGUAAGAAACAAAACCCUCAGAGGCUGAAAGUCCUAAUAACUCUGCUUUUUUGUGGUUAUAAUCAGCUAAUUUCCAAUUCAGUAUUUCCCAUAAUGCUUCUGAGAGCCCUUAACCUGAUUGACAAAGAUUGUCUCUGCUGAGCUCUGCUGAGGGUACCUGACCAUAUUCUAAGAUGAGAGAGUUUAGGGACUACUGCUUUAGCAAGAUUUUUGGGGUCUUUUUGUUUUAACCAUUGUCAGGAGAUUGGGCUACAGAGAAGAGAAGGGAGAGUAAGGAAAUAAAGGGAAGUGCCUCUGGCUAGAGAGUAGUUAGGUGUUAACACCUGGUAGAGACACAAGGGAUAUGACCGGCCUUCAUUUGCUCUCUGAGGAUCAGAGGAGGACCCUGCUAGGAGAGCACCGCGUCAUGGUGUAUUAGCUGUUCAUCCAUCUGCUAUUGGUUGGACGAACAUAUGGUAACCAUUCAGUGUCUCCUGGUAGGCACUGUCCUCUGAUUAAACUUGGCCUACUGGCAAUGCCUACUUAUGAUUUAUGUAAAGGCCAAAGUGCAGGGUGGGUGAACCUUACUGCAUUUUGAAUUUGGUUAACCUGAUUUCUUCAAGCUUGAGGUUUUAUAUGCAAACUUUCCGAAUACUCUUUUUGCCUUUUAUCUUCUCAGCCUCACUAGCCAAGUCCUAUGUAAUACGGAAAACAAGCACUGUAGACUUGGGAUUCAGACUUGGAUUCAGAUGCCUAUCAGGGCUCCAGCAUUCAAAGAACCCUUGCAACUCAAGAAGCGUUUUUUUGUUUUGAUCCAAUGCUCUGCCAUCUAGCAACUAUAAACAGCCAUUUCAAGGCAGGAGAUAUUUUAAAUGCCCAAAAUGUUGGGUCUGAUUUUCAAACUUUUUAAACUCACUACUGAUGAUUCUCACACUAGGCGAAUUUGUCCAAACACACUGUUUUGUAUACACUGUAUGACCGUGUCCCAAAUCUUUGUAUUAUCCGCAUUCUCCAACAAUAAAGCACAGAAUGGAUUUAAUUAAGCACACAAAUGCUAAGGCAGAAUUUCGAGGGUGGGAGAGGAAAAGGGAAAGGAAGCUGAAGAUAUAAGACCACACCAGAGAAGAUAAAUGACAUUCAGAACCAGCAAACACCGAAUUUCUCUUGUUUGAACUAUGCCACAAGCCUGCAAUUUUGUUAAGAGAUGACUUAAGUUGGCAGCAGUCAUCUUUUUUAGGAGCUUUUACCACUGUCUUGCAUAUAAAUCCAGAUUUGGCUCAAGUAAAGAGAAAAUCCUCAAAACUAACUUCACUGGGAUAAUCAGCAGCAUAACUACCAUAAAAGCACAUCACUAGCCAAAGAGGGAAAUGAUUGCUCUUACUGUGCCUAUAUUAAGACUAAUACAAAUAUGGUGUGUCUUCCAACAUUUAUUGCAAAUGCCGUAUCUAUAACAUUUUAUUGGAGUCAUCGAUGAUGUAAUGAUACAUACUUUUCAUUAUUAUAGAAUAUUUUUAUGGCAAGAUAUUUGCGAUCUUGAUUGUACCUAUUAAAAUAAUGCCAAACACCAAAUACGAAUUUUAUUAUGUACACUGUGCUUGGCAUUAAAAGAAAACACAAUCUUGGAAGUCUGUAAGUUGUUUUUUGUUACUGUAGUUCUUCAAAGUUGAGUGUAAGUGAAAAAUCUGGAGAGGAUAAUUUCCACUGUGUGGAAUGUGAAUAAACAAAAAGUUAUGGUUAUUUAAUGUAAUUAUUCAAAUCCUUUGAUCACUGAUUUCAAGCACGUUUUAUUUUCCUCUAUCACUGUCUUUGAGUUGGGCAAAGAAGAAGCUGGCACAUUGUAUGUUGUAUGUUGUUGGAGUCUCUUAUCUGGUCAGCGGGAAACAAAAUCUUGACCGAUCUGAACUGACGUGUGUUACUGAGUCAGUGCCUGAACCUUUAGUUUUUAAAUUGAAUGUUCUUUAAAGGGUAACAUUUCUAAAGCAAUAUUAAGAAAAUAACGUUUACUUUAAAUGUUAUUUUGGAAGACUUACGUGUGUAUACAGACAAAUAGCAGAUACUGAUGAAUAGUUCACACAAAGUUUAAGGAGAAAAUACAUGAAAAGUGGAUACACAAAACAUUUGUUAGUGACCAGUUAAUGCUUAAGAGUGAAAGUAGUUCUAUUGACUUGUCAUUCCUCGAGAUAAUAUUUAAUAUCAAUGGCAUUAUGUAUUAUGUCUGCUUUAGUCAUUUAAAAACAGCAGAGAAUUAUAUAGACUAUGAUUGAGGUACCUUGCUGUGUAGGAGAGGAGGAAAGGGGAUUUGAUAGUCUCCUAAAAUGAAUUUGGCUUCAAGUUUCAUGAAUCUAUAACUAGAAUUUAAUUUUCACCCCAGUAAUGUUCUAUAUAGCCUUUGCCAAAGAGCAACUAAUAAAUUAAACCUAUUCUUU